UACGCAGGAAUGGUGAUGUUCUAUGCAGCUGCAGUUAUUCUAGCUGUAUCCGCAGUUUCAGCCGACCCAUUUAUUUAUAACGUCUACUCAUCUUCGGGAUCUCGUUCAGGAUAUGGAAAUCCUUAUGAACGUGAUGAAGUCUAUAUUCGUAGACCCGGAAUGAGCGGAAGUUCAUUCUAUUCUGGUUCGGGUAACCCAAUGAUGUCGUCCAUGGGAUCAAUGAGUUCUAUGGGAGGAUUUCAAGGAUUACAGGGAAUGCAAGGAAUUCAGAGUAUCCAUAACAUGCAAGGAAUGCAACAGAUGCCGUAUGGACUUUCUAGCAGUAUGAUGGGAAUGGAUACGUAUGGAUCUAACAUGUAUAAGCCUCGUUUCGCUGCAUCUGAUAUGAUGAUGGGAGGUGGUCAACCAUUACUACUCAAUGGAUAUCCAAUGUACCCAAAAACUUCUGGAUACCCAAUGGUGAUUCCACUGGCCAUGGGAUCCUAUGGAUCUUCUCCUACAGUAUACCAGGGACCAACUGUCUCUCGUCUUCCAUUCAGAGCUACUCAACGCGCUGUUCGAUCAGCCCGUUACUAUUACUAACAACAUUCAGAUUUAAUAAUAGUUCUAAAUAUUCUAAUAAUCUUCAAAUAAUAAAUCUAAUUACUUACACUUUCUCUUUGACUUCCGUGCUCCAUAAUGAAUAAAGUGAGAAUUC